CCUGACAAAUAUGUUAUCGUUAGCUUGGGGUAGAAUUUAACUUCCCUCUUCAACAGACCCUUAAAAUGGCAUGGGUUGGAAGCAUUCAACUUAAAACGACCACCCUCAUUUUUCUGUUGAGUCAUAUUCACCAUUGUUAUGGUGAUUAUUGUUCCUAUUUGAACGGCAGGACAUCUGUGAAUAAGGGCGACUGUACAGAACUGGAACACUGUGUCUCUAAAUUUGACCAGACAGGUCAGUGUCCAGGGAAUCAGUGUGACCCAGGAUGGAUGGGACCAGGAUGUCAGUACGUCAAUCUGGCAUUAAAUCCCCUUAACAGUGAUGAUGUGUUUGAUGGAGACAUGACGACGCACCGAGCAAUACCAUCAGCGACAGUUAACUUAAACGGAACGUUUAUUGUCAACGCUUUCACUAUACACCCAAGGUGGUUCAGUGGCUCGGUGACAGUAACAGACGGACAUCAAAACGUUCUGUUACAAAGUUUCCAGCUGGUCAGUCCCACCAUUGUGUUGCCACGCCCUGUCUUAACAGAUAUAUUAAACAUGCAGUUUAGCUAUUCCAUAGAUAUAAAAGAAAUUGAGGUAUUUGGAGGUAGAGAUGUAGCUCUUUGGAAACCUACAAAUCAGUCUUCAAUAUACUCUGAAGAAAUCUCAAACAGAAUAAUAAAAUUUACAUCUGACAAGGCUGUUGAUGGAAGCGGAAAUGGAAACUUUAGCAAUCAUAGCUGUACACAUACAGCAGUUCGCCUGGGUAUCCAAACAUGGAAUGUGAAUUUAGGGAAAGCAUAUUCCAUCAUAGCCAUCAAGAUAGCUAAUCGAAACGAUAACCAAAAACGCAUAAAUGGAUUUAAAUUAUUUGGAAAGGCGGAAAAUGGAACAAAUCUUGAGAUUUACAUUGAUCCAACUCCUAAUCAUAACCGCAGGGAAAUAGUUCUUGAUUCAACACACAUGCCGGAUGUACCUGUCAGUGCCAUAACUAUAGAGGGACCAAACACUGAUGAAAUGAUCCUGACUCUCUGUGAAGUUUACGUGUAUGCUUGUAUUCCAACAUCAGAAGGAACAGAUCAGUGUAGAAGUUUUUGCCCUGAAAAUUGCCGGUCUGAGUAUUCGUGUAUAAAAGGAUGCCCUGUUUGCCAGGAUGGAUGGAUUGGACAAUAUUGUGAAAAUCCCGUUAUUUGCCAACAGCCAGUUUCUUGGAACACAACCCACAUCUCAACAAACCAAACGACAUACACAUACAAUGAGACCAUUCAAUUUUUAUGUUCUGAGGGAUAUUAUCUGCAAGAAAAUCAAAAGAGAAAAUGCACUAAGGAUGGGCCGCUUGAACCUCCUUUUCCAAAUUGUACAGCCAUCACUUGUCAACAACCAAUUUUUAAGAACUCAACCCAUAUCUUGACAAACCAAACGACAUACAGGUACAAUGAGCCCAUUCAAUUCUUGUGUUCUGAGGGAUAUUAUCUGCAAGAAAAUCAAAAGAGAAAAUGCACAAAGAAUGGACCGCUUGAACCUCCCUUUCCAAAUUGUACAGCCAUUAUUUGCCAACAACCAGUUUCUUGGAACACACCCCACAUCUCAACAAACCAAACGACAUACAGGUACAAUGAGACCAUUCAAUACUUGUGUUCUGAGGGAUAUUAUCUGCAAGAAAAUCAAAAGAGAAAAUGCACAAUGAAUGGACCACUCGAACCUCCUUUUCCAAAUUGCACAGAGGUCAUAUGCAGAAUUCCAGCUUUUGAACAAAAGGAGAUACUCAUUCUAACUAACGAAACAGAUCAUAAAUACAAUUCAACCAUACAAUUUGAAUGCAAACAAGGAUUUAGCUUGAAAGGAUCACAAAAGGCCACAUGUCAUCAAAAUGCAUCUUUUUGGUUCAUUGACGGCACACCAAAAUGUGAAGAGGUCAUAUGCAGAAUGCCAGAUUUUGAACAAAAGGAGAUAAUCAUUCGAACAGACAAAACAGAUCAUAAAUACAAUUCAACCAUACAGUUUGAAUGCAAACAAGGCUUUAGCUUGAAAGGAUCACAAAAGGCCACAUGCCAUCAAAAUGCAUCUUUUUGGUUCAUUGAUGGCACACCAAAAUGUGAAGAGGUUAGAUGUAGAACUCCAACACUUCAACAAAAGGACGUAAUAAUUAUGCCAAACAAAACAAGCCAUAAAUACAAUUCAACCAUACAAUUUGAAUGCAAAAGGGAUUUUCGCUUGAAAGGACCACAAAAGGCGACAUGUCAACAAAAUACAUCGUUUUUGUUUUUUGGCGGUACACAACCGGAAUGUGAAGAAAAAGACGAUUCUCUCUCAGAAGCAGUUGUCGCGGUGAUUUCCGUAGUGAGCUUGGCUGUGAUUGCAGUAGUUGUUAUUGUUGUAAUCAUUGUGUUAAGAAAAAGAACAACAAAGAAACCAGAUUCAAAAUAUUAUAAAAACGACGCUUUAUCUCUUGAUGACAUCGACCAUCAAUAUGCAGAAGUUAACGCAAACAGAGCAAAGAAAAAUAAAGACGCAUCAAAACAAGUGCAAGCAUUAAACGAGCAGAGAGAUACUUAUUACAACAUGAACAGUUCAGACGCUGAUAAGGCUAAGCAAGCUAGACAAGAAGUCUACUACGAAUUCUCGCCUGUGUGUCGGCCAUCCGGAACAGCGAUUCCUGUCUCUGAGUUCAAAAAUUACGUGGAGAGUAAAAAAGGAAAUCAGGAUUUUUUUGCAGAACAAUUUAAGAAGUUUUAUACGGGCCUACAAUUCCCUGCAACAGCUGCUGUGGUGCCAGGAAAUAAGUCAAAAAAUAAGUACAAGAAUAUAUAUCCAUAUGAUGAAACACGAGUACUCUUGACGAUUGAAAAGGGCAGUUCGGAUUCAGACUUUAUUAAUGCAUCUUUUAUACAUGGAUUUGGUAAUGUUAAAUCGUACAUUGCAGCGCAAGGUCCGUUGAUCAACACUAUAGAUGACUUCUGGUGGAUGGUGUGGAAUGAGAAAUGUGACAAAAUUGUUAUGCUUACCAAUCUUGUUGAGGAUGACAAAGUCAAAUGUAUUCAGUACUGGCCAGACUCUGAUACGAUGGAUACUAGAAAUAUGAAGCUUGAACUGGUGGUUAGCGAGUCUUUUGCAGACUUCACAAUUCGCACGUUUAAUCUUAUAAAUGGUAAGGAGAGCAGAACAAUACGACAAUUUCAUUUCACUGCCUGGCCGGAUAAAGGAGUACCGGCAUAUGCCUCGUCGCUUGUUCACUUCCAUUCUAAAGUCAUUCAUACACCGGGAACUCUGAAGGGGCCUAUAGUUGUUCACUGCAGCGCUGGAAUAGGUAGGACCGGUACAUUCAUAGCAUUGAACUACCUCGUCCAACAAGCCAAAGAAUCAGGAUACGUCGACGUGUUUGAAUGUGUAGAGACUUUGAGACGUCAACGAUUGAACAUGGUUCAAACCCUGGAACAAUAUAAGUUUUUACAUAAUGCAACUCUAGAGGCUCUCAUGUGUACUUCAUCAGACCCUUCAGCUUCAAAAUUUCCUCAAAUAUACGAAGAUUUGUUCAAAGUAGAUGUCGAAACCGGAAAACGAAAUAUUGAUUUGAAUUUUGAGAACCUUAAUGUAGCUUUAUCGACAUUACCCGAAUCCGCCUACAGCAUGGCCAAAAUCUCUACAAACAGAAAGAAAAACCGAUACAGUAAUAUCUUACCAGUUGAUUCUGAGAUGCCUGAAAUUCGGGAUGAAGAAAACAACCCUAUUUACAUCAAUGCAGUUUUUUUACCGGCCUACAAGAGUAAGCGUUCUUUCAUAGCUACACAGAUGCCUCUCAAAGACACAGUUGUAGACUUUUGGCGACUUCUGUAUGAACAGGAAGUAUCAACCAUUGUCAUGUUGAAUCAAUGCAGCUCAGACAAACCUAAAGAGAAUAUCGGGAAGUAUUGGCCACCAGAUUUGAAUGCUGUUUCUGAGUUUGGCCCUUUUCGGGUAACUAAGAAAAGCUUUACAGAAGGGAAAGAUUUUACCAUAGUUGACCUUUGUUGCCACAAAGAGGGACAAAACGAGGAUGAGAGAAAACUUCGACUAUUUCAAUGCCAUUUCUGGCCAGAUUCUUCAACUGUUCCAACUUCGGUUUUGUCAUUUUUAAAGUUGAUCAACGACGUGGAACUGCAUCAUGACCGGAACAACUCUGGUCCCCUCGUUGUCCACUGCAUGAAUGGAGCCGAAAAGAGUGGGUUGUUUUGUGUCAUGCAGGUUGUUUUGGAAAGGAUGAAGAUAGAACAAGAUGUAGCUAUACAUCACGUGAUUCAACAGAUACGCAGUAUUCGACCAAGCAUGAUUCCGAAUUUGGAACAGUUCAAGUUCUGUCACCAUGUUGUUUUGGAAUUUUUGAAACAGUUUGAUGAUUAUUCCAACUUCCAGUAGACAUUUAUACAGAAACUUGUUUAUAUUGCUGAAAUCACGUUUAUCAAUGUUAUAGCAGUGUGCCAUGUACAUACACUUUUUCUAUUUUUAUAUGUGUAUAGAAUAAAAAAAAAGUUUCGCAAAUUCUUCAUGAAAUAGGAGGACGCUUAAACAUUUUAAAUACGCAUGCAGUUGUAGAUAUAGUGAAAAAAGUAUAAAAAACUUUAAAAUUUUAAAGUAUUGCAAGUGGCAAGUUUUUUCUGCCUUUAAUUUUGUACCUAAGCUUUAAGGGUGUUAUAUACUCAGGGUUUGAGUUCUCAAAUUCCGAUUGUUAUAAAGUUUAAUGUAAUGAGUAAAAUUGGUUCUAAACAUAAAAAGUAUUUAUGAAAUGAAUUAUUAUUGACAAAACAAUCAAUAUUUUAGCCAAACAGGAAAUUCGAACUAAAUUUUGCAGAUUCUGUUUUCUGCUAAAGGUUUUUGGCAGUAGUCUAACAUUAAAAGUUAGGAUAUUAUAUUUAAGUAUAUGUAAUUUUGCAUAUUUUCCGUUGGUUUUACCUCACUUAUUCAUCAAAAUAAUCUUAUGGCAAGAAUUAUAAAAAUAUUGAAAAAUCCUUGAAAACGAUAAAAGACAUCAAAAUGUUGAUCAUUGACCUCAUAUAAAUUUGAUGCCAUCAGAAUAAUGUCAGUAUAAGUAGUUCAAUACUAUAAUUGUUUUUGUAUUGUCAUCAUUCAAUUUUUUGUAAAACUGGAUCAAAAAUAGAUAGGGAUUAUAAAACUGAUAGAGGAAAUUCGGACUGGAUUGUUUCUUAAAAUUGUUGCUGAAAUCUUGCUGCUGUGUACUUAUUUAGUGCUACUACCAUUCAUAAACUGUAUUUUAUUGUUUAAAGUGUUUUAUUAUUUGUAAUAUUUUUAUAAUUAAGAAAAUCUCAAUCGUAGUGUAAAAUUAUAUGGGAUUUUUCUUGAUUUUUCAAUAAAUAUUCAAUAACCAUUAACUCAAAAAGUAGGUCAUUGACCUACUUUUCUGAAAGUGAAAAAUAACAUCCUUAAUAAAAAUUAAUACUUUGUAUAAAAAUAAAAUGUUAAGAAAAGUAGAUUUUCAUGUUUAAGGGAGUUAGUUUUUCAUCAAUAUCUUUUUGCAAUUCCUCACAGUAAAAGUGGUAAGAAUUUGUGCACAAAUUAUUCAUGAAAAACAUGACAAUAUGUUUAAAACAAAAAAAAGCUACAUGUACAUGAAAAGCAUGAAAUAUUUACAUCUUAAACAAUUUACAAAAAAGCCCCAAUAGUAUUUAUAGGACUUUUAAAAAAACAAACCGGGGCACAAGGAGAGAAAUGCUACAAAGUAAUUACAAAUAAUAUAAAUUUACAGGAUGUUAGCCAUUGUUAAGUAAAACAUUUCUUUUAUUCUGCGGAAAGGGUGUCCUUAAUAAGGCUUAUUUUUCAGUGUUGUCGACAGUAACUCAUCCUGACAUUCACCUAAUUAUUCAUUCAAUAAUUAAACUGUUGCUAUGCCUUUCGGUUUUCUUCAGUAUUUGCUUAUUAGUUGUCUUUAUUUACUUGAAGAGCAACAUACUUAUUUAAUUUGGUAGAAUGCUAUGAGACUUCCAAAGCUUUCCUUCUCCGUUAAACUUGACAACUGACAUGGAAAAAGAACUGUUUAGAUAUUACAUGUAAUUUAACAUAAAUUCUUCAAAAAUUCAACUCCUCAUUUUGAUUUUUUAUUUAUGUUAAAUUUUAUUAUAAUUAGUAUAUAAAUUGUUGCACAUUGACCUAUACGUUUUAUGAAUUAAAAACUAUACCCAAAUAAUUCAAAAUCAUAUUUUAGGAACACGUAUAUAUUUUAAUAUAAAGAAUAAACAUAAGACAUUUGAUUUUUCUUCUAAAACUAAUUUGAUCAAUAAUUUUUUUUAUGUGUUGAAUAGAACUAUGUCUACUCAGAGAAUGUCAAUUUAGGUGAAAUUAUGCGCAAUGGUAUAUUUUGAUACAUUUGUUCAGUUUAUGUUACUAUUUGUAUCUGUUUCUUAUUGUCUCGACUUCGGAGGAAUAAAUCCUUCAAACUGAACAUGUACUCAACGAUAUACUUAAUCUUUAAUACAGUACACAUUAUAGCAAGCAAUAAUUUUCACAACUUUUAACGAAAAAAAAAUGCCACUCAAUGAUAUUUUAACUUAUAUAUCAUAUUUUCACUUUUGGUGAUUCAUGCGGAAUAUGAAGGUGGCGAUAUUGCAGGAAAAAUGCAUAACCCGCGAAGAAAGCAUUUUGUUUAUAUUUACAUUUUUCUAUUAAUAAAUUGAUUGUAAAAAGUUUGUAAAAUUAACUUAAAUACUGUUAAUGUACAUCAGUACUUUAAGGGUACCUGCAGUUCCGGUCAAUGUUUGAUAUCAUAGAGAUCUAUGUGAAAAAAAACAUCAUCCUGAAAAUUUCAAUCAAGCUGAUUUGGCGGGAUGUGAUCUGUGACGUCACGGGGUCAACACCACUACAUGCGAAACAAGAAAAUCGAUGUAUGAGAACUAUUUCUUAUCUUGCAUUGUUUUAUCGUUGUAUGAAUAGUUGUUUCUGGUUUUUUGUAUUUCUUUAUCAACCAUAGAUGACUAAAUAUACCGUACUGUU